AUGGAAAGCUUUGACGACACUGGUUUGAUGGCACUCAUUUGCCGUCACGACAUUCCCCUAUUCUUUACAAACAUCGAUACACCCGGCGAACAGCAGAAGUACUCUGUUGCCUUACUAGAACAUCUGUUCUCACUUCUCCCCACACAGGCAACAGUUAUUGCUCUAUACGAUGUUGGCUGCGUACUAGCUCGCUCACUUUCACAGAUGUUUUCUAUUACUUCACGCCUCCGCUUCGCAACAACUGCCAUGCACGUGUAUGGCCACGAACGGAGAAGGUAUCCGAGCGAACUUUGGUCGCGACUCAUUCGUCUAAUCGGUAUUGAGCGGUCAUCAUCGCGCCAACGGCGUCUGUGGCUUAUAGACCGUCAGGCAGCCUCCAUCGGAGCUGAGAUGCGCACAGACCUCGGUGACUGGAUCAAGCGACGAUUUCGUGGCAUCAAGACUCAAGUCAAUACCACCGAGGACAUUCUUAAUCACUGUGGUGUCUCGAUUGAAGAUUUACGGUCACUGUGGGCUGAUCAGCGGCGUGCGCAACUCUCUGUGCGUGCUCACGCUCCUGUGCGUCUCAAAAAGGAACUGGAUACAGUGCUUGCGCUACAAUCUGAUAUGGAUACUUCAGAUCGGGCGUUGCAGGCUACCCGCACCAUGCUUGAAAAGGAGGCACCUUCAGAUGAUACCCUGAGUGCUCUCGAAGGUCUCGAGAGGGGGCAUCAACGUCUCAUGGACAAGGUCGAAGCGCUAUACGCUUCACUGAAUAUCCACGACAGGUUUCCAGAGCUUCAGGGCGUCAACCUAGAUUUUGUCCGCACCCUCCUGAUGGCCCGCGACCUCAAGAUCAACAUACGCAAAUGGGCAAUCGGUAGUUUCUUCGAGUGGGAUAAACUCGAUAGGGCAGUUGGUGGUGCUCAGCAAGCGUUAGGCACCAAGCUUCACCAGCAAACUCGUAAAGCAAUAGCCAAGAGACAACCAGCCCUGAUGACAGCAAUUCGUAAGUUCAACUCUUAUUGUGAGCACCUAGACACCCUCUACGACCCUUCAUGGGGGAUACCACUCCCGAUGGCACUUCCAACUAAACUAGCGGAUCUACGCAACGACCAAGCUCUAAUGGAGGACGUUUGGAUUGCGCCGUCUGCAGGAAACAUACCACGCUGGUUAGACGAUUCAGAUGUGAGAGAUGGAAUCCGCGCCCUCCUCAAGCAUGAUCGAUGUCAAGAGGAGCGGCAACGGCUCAGUAUUGAAGCUGACAACUUGUGCCGAUAUUUUGGAGACGAGCUCGCUGCUUUAGAGCUUGCUCUUUCCUCUGAUGCGAACGAACUUUUCAUAUUCUCACUGCGGACCCGUCGAGACCACCUUCUUCAACUUCGAUCACGCUGGGAAAAUCCAUUUGCCUCUGUGGCUCGCUUUUCUGAUCGUGUCAAAGUAGCUACAGAUCUCGCGAAGACACUCACACGAGGUGCAACCAAAGCCUCCCUUAGUUGGAUACAUAACCCUCCAAUACUGGCAAUUGAUCACCAAGAAGACGAUAUCCCAGACUUUGAAGCAGGGCCAGCAUCAAGUAUCGAUGCCCAUCAAAUCACAUUCUCUGACUUCCUCGAGGAAGAUGCUAUUGCCGACGAGGACAUAGAAGACAUUGACAAAGCGGAAAAAGCUGAUGUCACCAUCUGUUGGGCGGUUCUGGAGGUACUUCAAAUUGAUGAAACACCUGUGCCCCGCAAGGAUCUGCGCAUCACUGUGCAAGGGCCAGGUGCAGCAACUAGGAUAUGGCCCUCUCGCCAUGGCUUCCCACAACAAAUAUUUGAUCCAAGGGAUAUCUCCUUCCUUGGUUCCUCGACUGCCUGUCUCAACGAUGUAUGCCUCAAUGGCUGCGCAAUCUUGCUGCAUGAUUCCCAGAUGUCCAUCCCUGUAGCGCAGCGCAUUGCCAUUCUCUCUACUCAUGACCUCCCACGCAUCAGAUACAACGCAGCUGAUGAGAUGCUCUGGCGUCAAAGUUCGUGGACACGUUAUUGGGAGAAGGACAUUUGGAUUCUGCCUAUUCAUCGGCCAGUGCCUGUUGGUCAUUGGGUACUCUGUGUUAUUUGCCGAUCCUCCAAGGAGCUUCAUCUUUUCGAUAGUUUUGCUGAAAAGCGGCCAUGGCAACAUGACGUCAAGGCCAUUAUGACACUUGUGUCUCGUCUACUAUCUAUUGCACGUCAACGCCACCCUGCAGUAUCAUUCGAUCUUCAAGGAUGGGUAGCUCGUCCCCUUAUUCUCGAACCUCUGCAGACGAAUGGCUAUGACUGCGGAGUUUGGUUUGUGGAUGCCUCUGUGUCGACAGAGGAUGCUGAACUUAGCGAAGGCUCCCGACUCCCUGAAGAAGAACUUUGGAAGAGCCUCGAAGGGAUACCCUGUAUCAUGGGUGGGAUAAGGGCGCUUGUUGCAUCACUUGGCGGGGAACUGCGUGGGCGCACAGGUGCUGACUUCCCCUGGAAGUCACUCCCGAAAGAACUAGCUCGCCUCGGGUAUGUUCUUGUCAAUUACCCUGAUGAGACCUUGAUGCCCGGUGAGCUGCGAUCCACUUUCUGUCGCACCAAAGGCAUCCACGAUCUCAACCAACACCAUCGUGCCAACAUCAUCAAUCACCUCAAGACAGGCACCUUAACCAUCUGA